AUGAAUUUGGUGGUUCAUACCGCUCGUCACCCUGAACUCAGGGAUUAUAUCCAUUCUGCUGUCUCGGGACUUCAUCCUUUCAUCCAAAAGGGUCUGGUGGAGAGAGUAGCAGUUAUUUUCUUUAACAGUGAUAGCAUCCCAGUGGGAAGAUUUAUGUUUAAGCUCACUGUGAAUCAGUCUUAUGGCUCAAGGGUGGAAGAAGCUGACCUGGAGUUCUCUCUAAGGUCGUUUUUUAUCAAGCUUCCUUUCUCAGAAUCCCUUACGCGGGUUCUUCCCCGGGGUAAGUAG